AUCUAGAAAUUUCUCGAAUAUAUGCCUUUGUUGGCAAAAUUAAGUUCAAUUGAAUUGUAGGUGGUGGUGAUAUUCCCUGUGUACAGUAACCUUUCAUUGUAAAUAUGGUGUACUUAUGAUCCGAAAUCCGUCUAUUCAGUUAUUGAUUCGCAUCAAACUGAUUUACAACAAAGUGGCCCCGUUUCGUUCGCGGACGAUUUAUUUUUUCCUAUCCUGUUUGGACUGCAAAACAUUAAAAAUUUUCUUCAUUCAUACAAUCUUCACUUCCUAGAACAAUAAUGUUGACAUCUGUUCAUUCUAUAUCCCAUCAGAAAGGGUAAGAACGAAUCCUUUGUCGUGUUUGCCCUUAACUCAAUUCGAAAUGGCCGGUCAUUCGUAUACGGGCAGAGCUAAACGGUCUCGUUUCGACGAACAUUUCAACCUACAUCCGUCCACCAGCACCUCCAAUGCUUCCCAUCGGAAGCAACUAGCGCCUAUUGCGAUAGCAACAAAAACAAAGUAACCAAAGAAACCACAUCGAGAUUAGUUUUUAUUGCGGGGAAAAGUAUUUCAUCAUAAAAACUCGCCAGUGUAUCUUAACAUUUCAUCGAAUUCUGCUCAACAACACUAAGCCGUUCAUGAAUCCACCGUCUUCUCUAGUCGAACAAGAAAGCAUGGAAGUAGACAUGGCUAUUCACCCGGAAACCUUAAUGGCUGGUGAUUCGAGCGAUUGGACGGUUAUUCCCAAAGUGGACGAAUCUAACACGCGCCUGAAUAAUUGUCCUCCGAUGGAAAGAUUCAUAAACAUUCUUGAUCAACUUGAUUCGAAGGUAGAGAAACUCCGAAAGGAAGCACUUGUGCUACAGGAAAAAAAGGAUUUUUUGGCAUUAUCGGUAGAUUUAUUGAAAAACAACGAAUAUUUGACUGGCCUAAAUGAAAAUGAACGAGAAGAAUUAAACUGUUAUGUUCAAAGGAUCAGCGGCCGUUUAGCGACAGUUGAAUUAACAGUGUGCACUGUGCGCGAUCAGGCUCAGGAGGAUUCCUUGCACCGGGUCAAUAGUUUGAUCGAUGUGCUUAUUUCAAGUUCCGAUCCGGUAUCUUCCCGUUUGCGCUGUCAGCAAUUUUUGAAUGCCUGCAGUUCUGAGUAUUCAGGUGGACAAUCGGUACAUCUCGAUCCUAUUUCCGAGCAUAUCGAUAAAAAGUUCGAAAGCGCAUUACUUGGUUGCACACUAGACGACCAGAAAACGAUCAAAAAACGACUGCAAGCACUUUUAGCCUAUCUCACUCAACAGACUGUAGUUCAGUAAACAUAAUUUUAGCAAUUGAUGGAUUCUUUUUAAUGAAAUCUGUAGAUUAUGAGUAGCUGUGCAAGUCCUAUUUGUUUUUUCUUAUAUAAUCUUUUAAUAAAUAGGACACCACAUCGAAACUUCAAGUUGAUCAUAUUGUUAAUACUCUGAACAAGUAAGCCACAGCAUGAAUAAAGAUAUGAGUGAUAUAUAGCUAAACGACGAAAUUUUAAUAUCAGGAAUAAUGAUGACGAAAUUGUAUCGAUAUGACUCAAAGGACUGCUUAAAUAAACAUAUUUAUUUGAA